CAUUGCGCCUGGGACGUGUUGGCCAGCCAGCCUCCUCGCUCGCCUUUCACCGCCAUCUCACCCCCGGCGCUCCCUCUGUACAAACUCCCCGCACAACUCUCCACCUCGUACCACCAGCCCGGUUUACGUGCCAAUCGCAGAGUGAAACCCACAUCAUGGCCGGCUCUUCGCGCAAUGCCUCGCCUAUCAAGCGGCUGAUGACGGAGCUGCAAACAUACCAAUCCAACAAGAACGAUGUCCUCUACGACCUGGGGCCCACCGACGACGACGUCAUGCAAUGGCGCGCCGUCAUGAAAGGUGUGCCAGGAACCGCAUACGAAGACGGCUGCUGGCUCCUCUCCAUCUCCAUCCCCUCAACCUACCCCCUCGCGCCCCCCACCAUCCGCUUCAUAACCCCCAUCUGCCACCCCAAUGUCGACUUCAAAACCGGCGAAAUCUGCCUCGACCUUCUCAAGACCUCUUGGACCCCUGCUUACACUAUCUCCACGACUAUGACUAGUAUCCACCAGCUGCUUACCAGCGCUGAGCCAGAUAGCCCGCUCAAUGUCGAUGUCGCACAGUUAUUUCGCACGGGCGACGAGGUUGGCGCGCGGAGCUUGAUCCGCUGGUAUACUGCUAGUGAGAAGUAUGCAUGGAAGGAUAAAUAUUAGACAUUCAACUUGGCAGGAAGUGAUGAAUGUGACGGAUAGUAUUGGCGUUUUUUUUACACAAUUGUUUUGGGCAAGAUACCCAAGUAAACUGACUCGAAUUAUCCUCAAAAGAAAUAUGUCAUGUGAAUUGCGUUUUUGAUUUCUUACCUUGAACCAAAUCUUCUUUUGUUCUUAGAAAGCAAAUGAUUGUGGAUAGUUAUCAAAGAAAUCAUUACUAAGAACCCACCAAAAGACCAAACUAAGUCCUUGGCAGAUACACAUACAUAUAACUAGUCCUAUACUAUUUUCUCC